AUGUCAGCAACUCGAAGUCGGGCAUCUAGCAAAAUCGAAGUAUCUCGUCCUCCCUCGAAUUCCUCAAAUGAAGACUCCUCUCCACAUGCACAAUCCCACCCUCACAAACCAACCAUAGCAAUCAUUGGCACCGGCUGGGCAGGAUGGACCUUAACCCAAGAACUUUCCGCCACCACCUCCUCUACCUCUCCCUAUAACAUAAUCGCCAUCUCUCCCUCUCGAACCAUGGCCCUCACCCCUCUCCUCGCCUCCGCCGCUUGCUCCAUCUUCGAUUUUCGAAUCGCCGAAGAGCCCGUCCGUCGCCGCGAUUCCAAAUUCGAAAAAUAUCAAGCCCUCGUCACAUCCGUCGAUUUCGACACUCAAACCAUUAGAUGCAAAGCUUGCAUUGGGGGAAGUGGCGUCAGUGGAGAAUCUCUAGAUUCCCCUACGUACGAAGGAAUCAAAAAAGAAGAAGCGGAAUUCGAUGUCAAAUAUGAUAAAUUGAUCCUAGCCCCCGGUUGCGAAACAAAUACAUUUGGAACGCCGGGAGUCAAGGAACAUGCGUUGUUUAUGAAGACGGUACCGGAUGCGCGGAGAUUGAGAGAGGGCAUCUUGGAUUGUUUGGAACGGGCUUCUUUACCGACUAUUUCCGAGCAGGAAAAGAAGAAUAUGUUGCAUUUUGUCAUUGUGGGCGGUGGACCAACGGGUAUCGAACUGGCGGCUGAGAUCGAUGAGUUGAUUCAGGAACAUCUUGGGGCGGUCUAUCCGCGAUUGAAAGGUUUAUGUACGAUUAGUAUUUACGACGUAGCAGAUCGAUUACUAGGCCAAUUCGGAGAGAAACUCAGUGAGUACGCGAUGGAAAAAUUCGAAAACAGGGGAGGUGUUAAGGUCAAAACGGGAAAACACAUAGAGGAAAUUAAGAGACAUAGUAUGAUGGUAAAAGAAGAAGGAGAAGUUCCGUUUGGAGUGGUGGUUUGGGCAGUCGGGAAUACGGCGGGAAAAUUGGUUGGGGAUUUGGAUUGUAGGAAGAGUGAGGGGUUGCAGAGAAUGCUUACGGAUGAAUGGUUGAGGGUUCUUUCUCCUGAUUCUGAUUUUGAUGGUGUGGAGGGUAUGGGUAUGGGUAAGGGUAUGGGUGCAGAUGGCAAUAUUAUCGCAAACGUGUAUGCGCUUGGAGACGCCGCGGAUAUCUUGAAUAACGAAUUACCUACCACGGCAGAAGUGGCGGUGCAAAAGGCGAAAUGGCUUACGAAACAUUUGUUGGAUUCUGCGCAUGCGGAAACAGCAAAUAAUGGGACGGGGAAAGUAUUGAAACAAGGAGAACCGUUUGUUUAUAAACAAAAAGAUCUAAUAGCGUAUAUAGGACGCGGAGAUGGGGUUGUGCAGGGCAAAACGGAUUGGACGGGGGCGAGGGCCUGGUUGGCGUGGAGGAGUGGUAGUUUGACGUGGGCGAGGGGGUGGAGGAGGAGGUUUAUGGUGGUGGUUAAUUGGGUGGCUAAUUGGGUGGAUGGGAGGGAGGUGGCUAGGAGGUAG